AUGGCUCUAAUUACCGACAUUAAUCCUCGCAACAGUACUUAUUGGCUCUUGGUCACCGGCACCGCCACCCUCCUAAUUAUACCGCUAAUUGCAUAUCUCUUAAGCUUAAGCAAAGCAGCAGCUACCCAGAAGAAGCGGUCUCCCCCAAGCCCGCCGGGCCUACCCAUGAUCGGCCACAUCCACCACGUCGGCAAAGUCGUCCCCGUCUCAUUCCAGGCCCUGGCCCAACGCUACGGCCCACUCCUCUCCCUCCGCCUCGGCUUCUCCACUUGCGUCCUCGCCUCCGACGCCGACGUGGCCCAGCAAAUCAUGAAAACCCACGAGCUCAACUUCUCAUCACGCCCGCCAUUCGGGUCGCCGGAGCACUCCAUCUACCCGCCCGGAUCCGGGUUUGCCAUGGUCCCCUACGGCGACUACUGGCGGUUCCUCCGCAAGCUCUCCACCUCACGCCUCCUCUCCGUCCCCCAGCUCCGCCGCUUUGCUGACGUGGCCGACGACGAGAGGCUCGGCCUCCUCAGGUCCUUGGCAAGUUGCGCCCAGGAAGAAGCAAGGAGGCCUUGCGACCUCGGGAGCGAGCUGAUGAAAUUAACCAACAAUACAAUAUGCCGAAUGGCGAUGAGCACAAGAUGCUCAGGUAGGGAAAAAGACGCAACGAAAAUACAAGAAAUAGUGAAAACCGUGCUUCAGCUGGCGGUGGAGCUGAGCUUGGGGGACGCGUUGGGUCCGUUUGGGAAGGUUUUGGAAUAUUUCGCAGGGAAGGGGAAGAAGCUGUUUGGGGCGCUGAGUAAUUUUGAUGAGCUGCUGGAGAGGAUUCUAAAGGAGCAUGAAGAGAAGCUGUUGUUAACGGUGGCCGACGGCAAGACGACGGCGGCGCCGGCCAGGAAAGAUGUGGUCGAUAUACUGUUGGAAAUUUAUAACGACCCUAUUGCUCCCAUCAGGCUUUCCAAAACCGACAUCAAGUCCUUCUUGCUUGACAUAUUUAUUGGAGGCACAGUGACAACAUCUUCAGCAAUGCAAUGGGCAAUGGGAGAACUAAUCAAUCACCCAAACGUGUUGAAGAAAUUGAGACAUGAAAUCAAUGAAGUAGUUGGGUCAAACAGGCUGGUUCGAGAAUCCGACGUUCAAAAUCUCCCAUAUCUCAGGGCUGUAAUUUGUGAAACACUCCGCCUUCACCCAUCAUCGCCUAUGAUCAUGAGAGAAUGUGCUGAAGAUUGCGAAAUCAAUGGUUUUCUCAUCAAGGCCAAGACACGAGUUCUAUUAAACCAUUAUGCAAUUAUGAGAGAUCCAAAGUCUUGGGAAAACCCUAACGAGUUUUUCCCUGAAAGGUUUUUGGAAAGAUUGGAAGAGAAGAACCGAAACUUUGGUUACAUUCCAUUUGGGAUGGGAAGGAGAGCUUGUCCAGGUGUAUCGCUUGCGAUGAUGGUGAUGCCUACAGUCGUUGGAGCUUUGGUGCAGUAUUUUGACUGGGAAAUCAACGAGGGGAAGCUUGAUUUGACUGUUGGUUCGGGUGCUGGAGCGGAAAUGGCUCACGCUCUAGUGUGUUAUCCGGUGUUACGUAUUAACCCAUUUGACUCCUCUGGAUAA